CCAGUCCUCACUGCGUACAAGAGAUAUCAGUCAUACAUCUUUCAUUCUUUUUUCUUUCAAAGGGAAAACUUAGGGAAAAAAUAAAUUCCAAAUGGUUGUUCAGCUCAGUUCUGGUCAGCGUCUGAACAGUAGGAUGAGUGAAGGAAGCACACAGAAAGUGGAAGCUAACAUCCUGGUGCUGGGAGCUGAGAAUGUAGGAAAGUCUGCCCUUACAGUACGGUUCCUGACAAGAAGAUUUAUAGGAGAGUAUGGAAAUAUUGAAUCCAUAUAUACUCAUAAUGUGGCAGAUGAUGGCAAGGAGAUUUGUUUUAACAUCUGGGACUCAAUUUACCCACAGAAUGCAGACAUGCAAAGAUCUAUCACAGACAAACAGUUACGUUGGGCAGAUGGAUUUAUACUAGUGUACAGCAUUUGUGACCGGGCUAGCUUCAAUGUGGUCAAACAACAGAUCCGGCGAAUACGACAGGUUAAAAAAUGCCAUGGGACUGACAAGGUGCCUGUCAUCAUUGUGGGCAACAAGCGAGACUUGCAGCAUCGUCGGCUGGUCUCUAGUGAAGACGGACAGCUCUUGGCCAUGUCUACAGACUCUGGAUUUUUUGAGAUUUCAGCAGCAGAGACCUAUCAUGGUGUGCUAGUAGUUUUUCAUGAACUUUUGGACAUGAUCAAAGAUGCCAAGACAACCAAUAAGAAAUCAGUGGGAUUUAAAGGCAUCGUUAGAAGUAUGUCAGCAGUAUUUGGGAGAAGAAGAACUGAAUAAAAUAGGUCUGAAGAGGACAAAUACUUGUUUACAUACUGAUAGCUUUUACUUAUCUUCAACUUUUGGAGAACUAAAAACUGCUGCAGGUAGGGUGCAUCACCAAGAGGAAAACAAAGACAUUUGCCUUACUGAACCUGUAAACUGUAUUCCUUGUUAAAGCACACGCAGACACACAAACACACACACACAAAGCAAGCAUGCAACCACACACACACACACACACACACACACACACACACACACACACACACACACACACACAAUAUACACAGAACAUUGAAAGUCUGCACAUUAAACACUGCCUAUAUGAUGUUUUCAUUACUAUGAGACAAUCAACUGAGUAAGCUGAUAUCUAAACCAGUACCAGCAUGCAUAUAAAAACCCAAUAUUACAGUCCUUAACUUCUUGCAGUAGCAGUUUCUGCAAAACAUGUUCCAUUAAUAUUCCUUGAUAUUAACAUGCUGUUUAGCAUUCAUGGCAUGUCAAUUUCUUUACAAACAUUGUAGCUGUAUGAAAGCAGUUUUGGAGAUUCCCAAGGUACUGAAAUGGUUUUCCUUGAUAACUUACAUUUAACAAAACUGACCUUUCUCUUUCCUCACUGUUGCAUGACCUUAUGGUUAGUAUAUCUUAUUAUGUGGGGUGUUUCCUCUAUAUGGUGAUGUAGGUGGUUUGGUCCCACCCCUUUAAAAAGUCUUUACUUUUAGGUUUGCUAAAACUGGUUUUCAGUGAAACCAUUUCGGAUUAUUGGGGAAUGCAGAAUUUGCCUUCAGCAAAUUGACAUAAUUUCUUUUCUUUCACGGUGAAGACUAACUGCUACGUCACUGGAUAUAUUUUGCAGGGUCUGGGUAACAUUUGCACAUGAGGGUGUUUAAAAAUAAAAAAAUUAAAGCCUUUGGGCUGCUGCUUUAUAAAGCACCCAAUCAUGAAAAGAUCACACAUUAUACAUUAGAUUAAUCUGUGUGCAACAUGUCCUAUGAUCAGGAUCUAGUCAACAACCAUACAGGCUUUGUCUUCAGUUAGCAGUGCAACACAGGUACUGUAAACACAAGUCAAGUUUGGUUGAGCUUUCAGUUUCAUCUGCUGACUACUUGACUGUUAUGGAACAAUAGACUUUACAGAACAAUAGCAAGUGUCCUUACAAAUUAAAAAAAAAAUGACCGUUUUGAUCAUGUCAGUUUUAAAACUGGUGAAAUUCAUGAAUACAAGUUAAUUGCACUAGAAGAAAAUGCAGCAUAUAUAAAUAUGUCAUGUUAGUAGAAGCACCGGGUUUGUGAAAAUGUGGCAGUGGGACAGUGAUGUAUCUUCACGCAUGCCAGACUAUUAGAAAGUGAACAGAUCAAGAAGUAUUGCUGCCAAAUGUGAAUAUAAUGCAUUGCACAAUGUAAAAUACUGUAAAAUAUCUAAAUAACAAUAAUUUAUAAUGUAUAUGUUUUUGAAUUAUGUGUCUGUUUACAACCCAGGAAAUAUACUUUUUUACAUGCUCUUAAUUUAGUAUCAAGUGCUUUUGAAAAAAAAAUUAUUUUUGUUAAAAUAAAAGUGAAA